AAUGGUGAGAAUCAGUGUGCUGAACGAUGCUCUCAAGAGUAUGUACAAUGCGGAGAAGAGAGGAAAGAGGCAGGUCAUGAUCAGGCCUUCUUCUAAAGUGAUCAUCAAGUUUCUUAUGGUCAUGCAGAAACACGGUUACAUCGGUGAGUUCGAGUACGUCGAUGACCACAGGUCUGGUAAGAUCGUGGUUGAGCUCAAUGGAAGACUAAACAAAUGUGGAGUCAUCAGUCCUCGUUUUGAUGUCGGAGUUAAGGAGAUUGAAGGUUGGACCGCUCGUCUUCUUCCUUCCAGACAGUUUGGUUACAUCGUUCUUACAACCUCGGCUGGUAUUAUGGACCAUGAAGAAGCGAGGAGAAAGAAUGUUGGUGGCAAGACAAUGGCUUCAAGAGAAUCUUCUUGCCGGUUAUACUUUGCUUCUCCUUUUGGCGAGACGUGGAACUUGAUUGAGCUCAGGCACGAUAUUGCACGA